CUCAGCGCUGCCACAAACUCUGCACAGUCAGUAGGUCAGCAGCCUUCACUUACUUCCAGCGCUCUCUGCUCCAUCACCAACUGUCCAUCCAUCAUGAGGGAAAUCGUGCACAUCCAGGCCGGCCAGUGCGGGAACCAGAUUGGUGCUAAGUUCUGGGAGGUGAUCAGCGACGAGCACGGCAUCGACCCGACGGGCACCUACCACGGAGACAGCGACCUGCAGCUGGACAGGAUCAGCGUGUACUACAAUGAAGCCACAGGUGGGAAGUACGUGCCCAGGGCCAUCCUAGUUGACCUGGAGCCAGGAACCAUGGACUCAGUCCGUUCUGGACCCUUUGGGCAAAUCUUCAGACCCGACAACUUUGUCUUUGGUCAAAGUGGGGCAGGAAACAACUGGGCUAAAGGUCACUACACGGAGGGGGCCGAGCUGGUGGAUUCAGUCCUGGACGUGGUGAGGAAAGAGGCCGAGAGCUGCGAGUGCCUGCAGGGUUUCCAGCUCACGCACUCUCUGGGAGGAGGCACCGGCUCCGGCAUGGGAACCCUGCUCAUCAGCAAGAUCAGAGAGGAGUACCCCGACCGCAUCAUGAACACCUUCAGUGUGGUGCCCUCCCCUAAGGUAUCAGACACGGUGGUGGAGCCCUACAACGCCACGCUGUCCGUUCACCAGCUGGUAGAAAACACAGAUGAGACCUACUGCAUUGACAACGAAGCUCUUUAUGACAUUUGCUUCCGCACCCUCAAGCUCACUACGCCCACCUACGGCGACCUGAACCACCUGGUUUCGGCCACCAUGAGCGGCGUGACCACCUGUCUGCGUUUCCCCGGGCAGCUGAACGCCGAUCUGAGGAAGCUGGCCGUCAACAUGGUGCCCUUCCCUCGUCUCCACUUCUUCAUGCCCGGCUUCGCCCCUCUCACCAGCCGGGGGAGCCAGCAGUACCGCGCCCUCACCGUGCCGGAGCUCACCCAGCAGGUGUUCGACGCCAAAAACAUGAUGGCAGCUUGCGACCCUCGCCACGGACGCUACCUGACGGUGGCCGCCGUGUUCCGUGGGCGCAUGUCCAUGAAGGAGGUGGAUGAGCAGAUGCUGAACGUCCAAAACAAGAACAGCAGCUACUUUGUGGAGUGGAUCCCCAACAAUGUCAAGACGGCCGUCUGCGACAUUCCGCCGCGAGGCCUCAAGAUGGCCGUCACCUUCAUCGGCAACAGCACGGCCAUUCAGGAGCUGUUCAAGCGCAUCUCCGAGCAGUUUACGGCCAUGUUCCGCCGCAAGGCCUUCCUCCACUGGUACACCGGCGAGGGCAUGGAUGAGAUGGAGUUCACCGAGGCAGAGAGCAACAUGAACGACCUGGUGUCAGAGUAUCAGCAGUACCAGGACGCCACCGCCGAGGAGGAGGGGGAGUUUGAGGAGGAGGUGGAGGAAGAUGCCUAAGCGAAAGCAAGAAAAAAAUGAUAAAAGGAGGGAAAAGUUAUUAAUCAAAAACAAACAAAAACAUAGAAAAAAAUAAAAAAUGAUGUGAAAUGAAGGAAUGUAGGAGAGCAGAUGAGGAAGGUCAGAGGAGGGUGGAGGUCUGAAUCGGUUAAUAGGACAGAAGAAGAGCGGAGAAUGUAGACAGAAGGAAAGAUGAUGUCAUGACCAAAUUAAUGUGCCAUGGUUUACUGUUUCAUAAGCCGGUUUGAUCAAAACUAGUCUCCCAAAAUCUUUGUUUUUAACUCUAAACAGACGCACUUCUAACACUUUUUAUUUCAUUGCAUACAAGGAUUUUCUUUACUGUGAAGGAUUCAGCUGCUGUUACACUGAGGUCAAACCAAACCCUGCUCCUACAUUCAAUCAAACAAGCUUAGUGUUUGACCUGCGAUCAAAAACACACUUUCAGCCUCAGUGAAAAAAUCAUCUUCGGACUUCUUUGCUGAUUUUGUGCAGAAGAGGUGGAAAGUGUAUCUGUGACGCCUGAUUCAAAACAAAUAACUGAGCUGUGCAGUCGCACUGGGCGGCCUCUUCAUGUUUGGCAUCAGCUGAUUGUUGGUUUUGGUCUUUUCAUUGAGUUUGUUGAACAAAAUUAGAAAAUCAUGUCGGCGUAAUCAAGGUUAUCACAUUGAGUGUUGAGAUAGUUUCAGGUGUGUAACCUCGUAGUCAGUUUAAGUAAUAAUAAAUCAUUCUGUUAUCAGUGUUAUUUACCGUUUUGUCUCAGCUUUCAAGAUCAACUCUCAGUGAUAAAUGUGAUUUUGGGCAGCAGGUGAGAAAACGUUAUCAGUAUUUCUUCUUCUGAGGCAGAUAUGCUUAAUUAGCUGGAUAAUCUCUCAUUUUUGACGCUUUUGUCGCAACCUUUUUAAGACUGCAUGAGAUAAAGAGUCCUGUGUGAGUCAGUCUUACGCUUGCAGAAUAUAUUUUUUCUUUUCCGGACAUCAGGGUUUGCACCUUUGUGUAAAUGUCUUUCCAGCCUCUGUGAACUCAGAGAGUUGUUUUUCUACAGCGUCGUGCUGUCAUUAGCUUUUGUGGGGAAGAGCCAUUCUGGUCUUACUAGACUGAAGGGAGCCAUCAGUUACAAUCAGGCCAUUAAUCUUUUCUUUUUCUUUUUUUUUAAAUGAAAGCACAAGAUUGAAAGUUAAUGUCAAAGACGGGAACAUCUGUUAUCUUCUAGUAAAUACAGAUUCUUAGAAGUGGUUAACCACAACAAAAGUCACAUUUAGUAAAACGUCAAAGAAAAUGAUUUGCUUUCCUGUGAUAUAUACAUUGGCAGAGCGUUCAUAGCAGCAGGAUUUUUCUCAGACGCCAGCCAACGUUUUGAGGAGAAACACACUGCACAUGCUCAGUGUCCAUUAUACUAGUAAGUACAGAUCCCUUGAAGUGAUUAGCCACAACAAAAGUCCCAUUCAAUGGAUUUCCAAGAAACACAUUCAUUUUUAGAUAUAUAUUUAUUACCAACCAAUGUCAGAGGAGAAGCGCACUGCACAUAACAACUGCUCUGUUUUCCUUUCAUACCACAUCUCAGGCUAACAGAGCCCUCAGCUCCUCUGUGUUAAAAGCAUGUCGGCUGUUGUUGGAUUAACCAAUUCAAUGGGACAUUUUCCAAUAAAAAAAAAGUAUUUAAAUUCAAGCAAAGAAACAUAAAUCUGAGUGUUAAAAAAGUCAGAGUGACAGGAAAGAUCAGCGUCUUUGAAGAGUUAACGUUGUGGAUAAAAGUUGAAACCUUCCCUCACUAUUAUUAUAACCUCACUAUUCAGGCCAACAUCUGAAGAUCUGAAGUCUAACCUUAACAUUUCCUGAAACAUGUUUUAAAAAUAAAAUGGCCAGGUGCUUUUAUUUUGAAAGACAAACCCCCCAGCUGCUUUGCAGUUUUAUAUUUCAUCCUUCAACAUAUUAAUUUAAUUUUUCAUUCUCCUAAAUCUUUUCACACUGAGCCACUACAGUAUGCACGUGAACUUCAGCCAUGUUUUCGUUGUGUUUCCUCUGUGCUUCAUGUUGUUUGUACUUUUUUUUAUUUUGAAGCUCAUUUGAAACUGUUUCAUUUGGUAUCCUGUUGACUGUGAAACAUUUGGGAGAAAUAAAAACACAUUUAUAGGAAAAAA